AUGUCUGAAUUCAACAUCACCACUUUCCAGCCUUCUCUCUUCAUCCUCACUGGCCUCCAAGGGCUAGUUUGUUCUCGCCUGUGGCUGGGACCACUACUGAGCCUCAUGUACAUCACCACGAUGGCAGGGAACUGCCUAGUAAUACACCUGGUGAGGACUGAGCAUAGUCUGCAGGAGCCCCAGUACCACUUCUUGACCAUGCUUGCUGGGGCUGAUAUUGUCCUUUCUUUCUCCACACUUUUCUCUGUGCUCAAAGUCUUUGUCCUUGGCCUUCAUGAAAUUGCAUUUGAUAGCUGUCUUGCUCAACUCUUCUUCAUCCAUACAUCCUCUUCCAUGGGCUCAGGAAUCCUGUUAGCCAUGGCUUUUGACCGCUUUGUGGCCAUCAGUCACCCUCUACAAUAUACCACUAUACUUACUAGUUCACGAGUCACCACAAUGGGGCUGGCAGCAUUGCUGAGGGGUGUCGUGCUCAUGACUCCAUUGCCCAUCCUGCUCAAGAGACUACCUUUCUGCAAAGGCCAGACUCUGUCCUAUUCCUACUGUCUCCACCCAAAUGUCAUGAAGUUAGCUUGUGGCCAAGUCAAAAUCAAUAUUUUCUACGGGCUGGUUUUGGUUGUCUUUUCUUUUGGAGUUGACUUUCUGCUGAUAGCUAUUUCCUAUGCUCUGAUAUUCCAAGCAGUGCUUGGCAUUGCUUCCAGAGAAGGCCAGAUGAAAGCACUCAACACCUGUUUGUCUCACAUUUUUAUUGUCUUUAUUUACUAUGGACCUCUCUUGGCAAUAACUGUAAUGCAUCGAGUUAGCCACCAAAGUUCUCCAUUAGCACACGCAGUCCUGGGAAAUAUUUAUCUCUUUAUGCCCCCUAUGCUAAACCCAAUUGUGUAUAGCCUGAAGACCAAGCAGAUCCGUGCUGCCCUGAGAAAAUCUCUCAAGAGCCAGAGAAGGUGA